GAAUUUACUUCCUUCACCGGAAAGAAGCUUUCUCCCGUGAAAUCCUGCGAGUACUCAAAAUUCAAAAUCACAGUUCAUGCAAGACGACUUGAUAAUAUUCGGAAAGCAUCGGAAGUUGAUCUUUUGAUUGAUCGAAUUAGGAUUUUCUGGUGGCCGUACGAGUCGUUUUGGCGGAGUUUGAUGCGAGCUCACUGGGUGAAGCAGAUACGGAGUUUGAUUCUACAGGAUACUUGAAUGCAUACAAGCAGUGAUCGUAAACGUCGCUAUGGGCUUCACUUGCCUCAGACCAACACUUUAUGCCUCAGUUUGCUCUGCUAUACCGUGUUCAUCGACGUUAUUAUUUGAAGGCAUGUUCAGAUUCUUAUAAGUAAUGGUUUUUCGUUUUUAAUUGAAGAAGUUAUUAGCGGUCGGUAUGUAUAUUCGUUAUCACAAUUUAGAUAUGUAACCACUUGGAUAGGUCCCAUCUCUUAAUUUCUUCAUGGAUGCCUUUUAAUAUGGUUUAAGUUACCUUUUUAAUAUAUUAUGUAGUGUUACUGCUAACUACACGUUUUUCGCCAUAUGGGUGUAAGUAUUGAAUAGUAAAUUAGUUAUGUAAUUUAUGGUAUUUUGUAAAUCUGGGGGAAAUUUGCAUUUUUAAAAGAUUUUGUAGACCGUUUCAAAGCCAAAUGAUCUGGAUAAAGAGAUCACACGUUUUUGUGUAUGUGGCUUCUAAAUUAUUCACAUGGAGUUAAUGCUCUCACUUCUACUUCAUUUUGGAAAAUGAUUUUGGUAUUAUUAACAGAGAUUUUGCAACUUUAAUUGUCUCCUAAAACUUAGGAAAACAUGUGGGGAUUAACAAAUCAGAUGAGAGAGACAAGCAAGAAAACAAGGAACACCUUAUUUUCACUAAGUCUCUUACCAUUUCUUGUAUUUGACUUUGACAAAGUUCUUGACCUAUAUUGCUACUCUACACACUAUAUAAAUCAAAUCAAGAAUGAUUUUUUCAUCAUCCUAGAAUGUAUCUAUAUUAGAAUUUCUAUCAUUUUUUAAUAAGUUUUAUCUUCUCCUAACGAACUUCGUCCACACGUUAUAACACACUAAUUCCCCUAGCUAAACUUAGUAAAUGACUAUCUUGUCAAAUCCUCUGGAUUAGAAGGUGGAAAUCUCUUCUUGAUUCAUCGCCUCCUCUGUCCAAUACACCAAACUUCUUACCUAUCUUUCUUCUUUCCUUUACACUAUUUGCCUAAACGGUUUCGUAUAUAUACAAAAACUCAAACCUGUGGAAACACGCUCUCUGCAUACAUUGCUUAGAUAAGGAAUCGGUUCCUCGCCCUUCCUCUUGCAUCUCUUUUCCUAGUUCUAAUACAGGAAUCACAGAUCGUGCGGUAGAGACAAUGCAGAAAGUUUGCUGGCCUUACUUUGAUCCUGAUUUUGAGAAUCUUGGUGAACGCAUAUACGGUCCACCAUGCAGGGUCUACAUUGACAAUGACAGCAUCCAGGAUUGCACCGUUGUGAAGGUGAAUAGUGAGAACAAACAAGGGCUUCUUCUGGAAGUGGUGCAAAUCUUGACAGACAUGAAUCUGAUCAUCACCAAGAGUUACAUCUCUUCCGAUGGUGGAUGGUUCAUGGAUGUUUUCCAUGUUAAAGACGAGCAUGGAAAUAAACUCACUGACAAAACCGUCAUCAACCACAUCAAACAUACCAUAGGUACGAGUAGGCGAGAAUCCGAAUCUGUAAAGGCCAGUAAAGCCAAUAACAAUGCAAACAACAUAUCCUUGGAACCUCCAUUGAUUGAUCACGGCGAGCACACAGCGAUAGAGAUGACUGGAACAGACCGACCGGGCCUCUUCUCAGAGAUAUUCGCUGCUUUCGCGGACUUACAUUGCAACGUUCUAGAAGCUCAUGCUUGGAGCCACAACGCUCGCUUGGCUUGCAUUGCUUAUGUCUCUGACGACAAUACUCACGCUCCCAUCGAUGACCCAAGCCGCUUGGCUUCCAUUGAGGACCACCUCAGUACCGUGAUCCGUGCCACAGCGGAUCCUGCCUCCAACUCUACGCACGUGGGUCACAAGGAGAACGAGAUGGAUGGCUUUCUUGCGGGACAAGGCAAAGGGUGUAUGAAUACCAACGUGGAGAGACGCUUGCAUCAGCUAAUGCUCUCUGUUAGAGACUUUGACGUACCUUUUAACGGGCCUUCUUCAUUGGCGUUACUGUCUUCCAAAUUAGAGUACUGUGAUCAGAAGGAGAGGAAGACAACAAGAGUUUCGAUUGGGAAUUGUGAAGAGAGAGGAUACUCUAUUGUGACAGUGAAGUCCAAGGAUCGAAGAAGGCUCAUGUUUGAUACAAUCUGCACGUUGAUUGAUAUGCAAUACGUCAUCUUCCACGCCGCUCUCAGGUCCGAUGGAGCUGAUGCUUUUCAGGAAUACUUCAUAAGACACGCAGAUGGACGCGCAUUGAACACAGAAGGCGAGAAAGAAAGGGUGAUCAAAUGCUUGGAAGCUGCUAUAGAACGUCGGGUUUGCGAGGGGGUGAAGUUGGAGUUAUGCGCAGAGAACAGAGUAGGCUUACUCUCUGACAUAUCUCGUGUGCUCCGUGAGAACGGCUUGACUGUUGUCCGUGCAGACGUGGAGACGCAAGGCCAGAAAUCGCUCAACGCUUUUUACGUCAGAGAUAUUUCCGGCAACAAAAUCGAUAUGGAGUUUGUGGAAUCAGUGAAGAAAGAGAUGAGACCAAUCCAUCUUGAAGUCAAGAACGAAGACAAUGCAAAAGACAGAGUUGCGACCCAUGAACAGAAGCCAGCCUUGGCUGCACCGCAACCGCAACCGCAACCCCACCGUUUCUCGCUCGGUGAGAUCCUACGGUCACAAAUCGAACGCCUUUCUCACAACUUCGUCCCAACCAAAUGAUUUGAUAUAGUUAGUAAUUCGGUAUGGUAUAAAGAUUUAGGUCUUUUAUAAUUGCUUUGCUCUGUUGAUUAGAAAGUUGGAAUAAUUCACCAUUUAUUUUAGUAAUAACACCAAAUAUAUGUUCUCCAUGAUAUCUAAACAUUAAGGUACUACACUU